AUGUUGGUCUACGAGUUUGUAUCCAAUGGGACCCUUUAUGAUCAUGUUCAUGUCAGGUCAUUGUCGUGGGAUGACAGGCUACACAUAGCAACUGAAACAGCCAAAUCUCUUGCUUACCUUCACUCGUCCGUCUCAAUACCCAUCAUCCAUAGAGAUAUCAAGUCUGUUAACAUACUUUUGGAUGAUACUUUAACAGCAAAGGUAGCAGAUUUUGGAGCUUCAAGGUACAUUCCAAUGGAGCAAUCAGGGGUAACAACAAUGGUGCAAGGUACAAUAGGAUAUUUAGAUCCUAUGUACUUCUACACAUCGCGCCUCACAGAUAAGAGUGAUGUGUAUAGCUUUGGUGUCAUUCUUGUAGAAUUGUUGACUCGAAAGAAGCCCUUUUCAUACAUGUCCUCUGGAGGUGAUAGCCUUGUUGCAAAUUUUGUUACCCUGCUUGCAGAAGGUAGCUUAUUGCAGAUAUUAGAUCCACGAGUGAUCGAAGAGGGAGGCAUAGAAGUUGAAGAAGUUGCUAAGCUUGCGGUAACAUGUGUGAAAAUUAAAGGAGAGGAUCGUCCAACCAUGAGGCAAGUGGAAAUGACACUAGAAGGCCUUCAAACAUCCAUGGACCAUGUUCUAGAUGGUCAAGUGGCCAGGGAAUUUGAGAAGGUUGACGUUGCAAUAAUUCCACCAUCAACUAAUAGUACCGAAAGAAACAAUGAUGAUUCAACAAGACAAUACAGCUUAGAAGAUGAGUUCAUGUUAUCCUCAAGGUACCCUCGGUAG